AUGGGCUACGAGAAAGAUGCGGCGCCGGUCUCGCACCAGAUAGAAGCGUACCCAGCCGCGUCCAACGAAAAUCCUGAAGACCUGGCCGGCCAGCAUCUACUGCCAGCCCCAAGCAAUGAUCCAAAAGAUCCCUUGAACUGGCCAAUGGCACUCAAAAUUCUGGUACUCAUCCAAGUCUCGCUUCUAUCUUCCCUAGGCGGAAUCAAUACAGCCAUGAUCAACCCAGCCUAUGUUCCCAUGGCCAAAGAACUCCACAUCAGCACCAUCAGAGCUAGCUACCAAACUACAGUCUGCAUAGCUCUAGCCGGAGUCGCGCCAUUUCUCUGGGUGCCACUGUCGAACAAAUACGGUCGGCGACCCGUGCUUUUAGGAACUACGCUCUUAGCCUUCGUUUCUAUACUCGGUUCCGCUUAUGCAAAAACGUUCAACCAACUCAUUGCUGCUCGAGUUCUCAAUGGUUUGUUUCCUGCCGUUUUUGCGCUGGGGCCUGCUGUCGUUGUGGAUAUGUUUUUCGUCCAUCAGCGAGGCAGAGCAAUGGGAGUCUUUACUGUCACUACUGUCAACGGAUCUCACAUCGCUCCCCUACUGGGUGGCCCUAUAGGCCAAUAUCUCGGUUGGAGAUGGUGCUUCAAGUUUGGUGCGAUCUGUGACGGUGUCAUGUUUUUCAUCGUUCUAUUCUGUCUACCAGAAACGCUCUAUGUUCGACCCGAGGCAGAGUCACAACAACAUCAUCCCAAACCGAAGUACAGUAAGAUAGCCUUCCUCGACGGCCUCAAAAUCCGAGACCGAACACCAGAUACUCCCCUCCGUUGGAACCACUUCGUUCUCCCCGUAUUCAGAUUGGCAGGGAAAUCCCGCGUCGUCUAUCCGGCCCUCUACUAUGCGACGCAAUACGGUUUUGCGUCCAUCCUGCCCGCCGUCACUGUUGCGAGUAUCUUCAGCAAAGAGUUCAAAUGGGAUACUCUCCAGAUCGGGCUCGGCUACGGAGGUGCGUUGACCAUUGGCGGGUCAUUGGGAGAGCUUGCUGCGGGACUGGUCCUCGACUCGAUCGUCAAAGCGAAGAUGAGGAAGACUGUCCGUUUUCAGCCAGAGAUCCGCUUGCAGGCGAUAUGGCAUGGGGAGAUUCUCGUGCCUGCCGGUUUGUUGAUCUAUGGGUUUACAAUGCAGGACAAGACAUCGUGGGUGGGACCGCUCAUGGGAAUGGGCAUCGCGGCUUUUGGCCUCCAAGUCAUCACCACGACCUGCUACACCUACGCAACAGACUGCCACCGCGAACAGAGCAACGACGUCGCUCAGCUAUUCAACUUUAUCCGCCAGACCUUCGGCUUCACUUUCGCCUUCUAUGCUGUGGAUCUGUGCGAUACCAUUGGAUACCAAUUCACAUUUCUGUUGUUUGCUAUCCUUGGAAGCGUCUUGGCUUUCAUACCAAUUCUAGGUCUUAUCGGGAGGGCGAAACGUCAAUUGAGGGAAAGGAAGAGCGGCGUAGUCGAGAGGGUAGCCCGAGGUCCAGAUGGCCAUACGCUAGACUAUAAGAGCUACGUCAAGCGCACUGCAUCUCUCCGCUUCCACUUUACGUAUUCUCUAAAUCAGGAAGCGAUGAAACCAGAGCAGAAGGCCAAAAUCACGCUGUACUGGCUCGAAAAAUCCCGCUCCCAACGCAUCCUCUGGCUCCUCGAAGAGCUCCACCUCACCUACGCCCUCAAGACCUACAAGCGCCAAAACAUGCUCGCGCCCCCGGAGCUGCGGUCCGUGCACCCGCUGGGGAAAUCCCCCCUCGUGAGCGUCGAGUCCGCCGACGACGACGCGACCCCGACGAAGAAGCCGCUGGUCCUCGCGGAAUCCGGCUUCAUCGUCGAAUACCUCAUCGACCACUUCGGGCCCUGGCUCGCGCCGGAGCGGUUCCUGACCCCGAACCUGAAGGCCCAAUUCGACUUCCUCGAAAGCCAGCUCGCGACUUCGCCCGACGAGGGGGAGUUCCUCUGCGGGGCCGACCUGACGGGUGCGGACAUCAUGAUGAGUUUCCCGCUCGCGGCUGCGAAGUCUAAGGGACUCUUCACGGAGAAAGAGCAUCCGAAGCUGUGUGCGUAUGUUGACAGACUUGAGGCCAGGGACGGGUAUAAGAAGGCUGUGCAGAAGAUUGUUGAUGUGGAGGGGAGCUAUGAAAUGUUGUAA